CGACACUUCAGUACGCUGUGGGUCUUGUGUAUUCGACUGAAUCCUCUGCACCUUUCGCGGUGCUGAUGACUGUGAUGUAGCUAUGUAUGUUCCCUGGUGGAUUUUGACUCUAGUCUCUACCUGGUGACAGGAUCUUGGCCAUAUAAAUUCCAUCACCACCUGAUUAUUCCAGUCCCUGCACACCAUAUAAUACAGUCAGCUGUGCUGGAUGCAGUAGGGUGGAGGGGGGGUGAUGGGGGUUCCAGAUUUUUUUAACUCCCAUCCAUAGACUGCUAUAUUUGUGUUGGAAUGAGAGACUGAGUUAAGGGGAAAAGUGGAAGGCAAGUGAGACAAGUGCUUGAAUUGGUGAGAAAUAAGAAGAGCCAUCCUAUCCGUAGGUUGGCAGCAUCUGAUCUGGCCAGCCCCCGAGGAUGACUAGUCUUUUCAGGCGCAGCAGCAAUGGAAGCUCCAGAAGCAGUGGAAGUGGUGGUGGCAGCAGUGGGCAGCUCAACAACAGCAGGCCCAACCGGCAGGUCAGACGGCUGGAGUUCAACCAGGCCAUGGAGGACUUCAAGACUAUGUUCCCCUCUAUGGACUAUGAGGUGAUUGAGUGUGUGCUUCGUUCCAACAAUGGAGCUGUGGAUGCCACCAUUGACCAGCUGCUCCAGAUGAACAUUGACGGACAGGGCUCAGAUGACAGCUCAGACUCAGAUGACAGUAUCCCACCUGAGAUUCUGGAGCGAACACUGGAACCUGACAGUUCAGAUGAGGAACCACCUCCAGUCUACUCUCCACCAGCAUAUGAUAUGCACAUUUAUGACAGAAAAUACCUAGAAGCCCCACCAACACCCCCACCAAGAUUUGAAACCGAGCCACCUCUUGGUCACCAGCAGGUCAGAAACUAUCGGAACUGGAACCCUCCUUUGCUUGGAAAUCUCCCAGAUGAUUUUCUACGGAUCUUGCCACAGCAGUUAGACUGCAUAAAGCAGAGCUCUCAAAGUAGCCUAUCCCAACCUUCAUCGUCAUCCUCGUCCUCGGUUUCUUCACUAAGGCAAUGGACAUUGCAGUCUGGUUGCCGAUCUGGAGCUGCAGGGACCACUGGAGGUCCAGGUUUAACAACAGGAGCUACAGAGCAAGACAAAAAAACGAAGCAGUAUCUGGAAGAUGAGCGCAUUGCUCUCUUUUUGCAGAACGAGGAAUUUAUGAGAGAGCUGCAGCGCAACCACGAGUUCCUCAUUGCCUUAGAGAGAGAUCGCUUGAAGUAUGAAUCAAAGAAAUCAAAGUCCAGUCAUUCAUCUAUCAUGGAGAAUUCCACAGGAGAACAGUACUCUGCAGCAUCAAUGGAGGCCAUCUCAGAUGACGCCCUGUUCAGAGACAAACUCAAACACAUGGGCAAGUCAACAAGAAAGAAACUGUUUGAAAUUGCCAAAACGUUCUCAGAAAAGACAAAGAGGACAAAGCCAAAAAAGAGGAUGCUCCUGAAGCACCAUUCAUUGGGCACAGCCAACUCCAGAGCCAAUCUUCUUGAUGAUAUAGAGGGAAACCCCUGUGAGGAAGAUGGUAAGCCCAGAAGAGCAAACACUCAGGAAGAGAAUGAACAACGCAAUGAGCCUAUAUCAUGAUCCUCCCACGCUGUACCAUAUCAGGGUUACCAUGACGACAACAGCAUGACCCAUGGGUGGUGGCCUUGCCGCUCUUCCCACUUGCCACCUGCUCACCAAAUACUAAUCCAAACCAGCCAUUGUAAGGCUCAACAAUAAGUUGAGAUCCCCCUCCUUCCCUGGGAGAGUAACUGGACUCUUCCCACCACUGGGCUCACUGUCUGUGAAUGCAUUCUCUGUAUUAUAACACUUUGUUUAUAUAUAGUUUUAAAUUUAAAGGAAAAUGCAUUAGUCAUUACCAGUAUUUCUUAAAAGCUUCCUUUAAUCUACUGAGAGGAGCGUUAGUGCAGUGAUGCCCUUACUAUAUGAACCUUUGUUACUUUUGUAGUACUUUAAAGUAGCAGGCUGUAUGAUUCUAUUUGGGGUCGCUCAGGCUGUGCCGCUAAUGUGUGCAUGUGCCCUGUUAUAUACACUAGAUCAUGUAGAGGUUUUUUUUUUACCUUGUUUUCUUAUUCAGAUUGUAAUAUUUUGCUGUUUCUAAAUGUCAGGGAUUGUGUAAUUGAAAUUCUGAUGCAUCGGUUUAAUAUGGCGUGAAGUUUGGACUGGCCAUAUUUCAACUCUUCUCCAAGGCCAUAAUGCUCAGUUGAUCACAUUUAAAGUACUAUGUUCUUAGAAAGCAUGUUUGGAGCAUUUGAUUUAAAUGCUGCUGCAUUUGGAGCAGCUUACUAGUUUGGUUUAUUUGAUAAGGUGAAAACAGUGUCAUCCAAUCUCUAGGAAGCACCACAAACAGCACAGUUGCACAGGUAAAAAUUCAGGUCAGUUAUAUUGUCAGAGCAUUAAAUCAGGAUGAUAAAUAUGUGUAUCAAGCAAAGGACAACAUGAACAUGAACGCCAAUCAAGUUUCAAAAGGCUAACGAAAUGAGUCUGGAUAACUUUAAAGCCAGGGUCCACAUGAAAAAAAUUAUUGUAGUGUCUACAAAAUGUUGUCCGACCAAGUCAAAAGGCAAGUGCGUUUAAGCCUGUUCUGAAUGAACACACUUGAAGGCGGGGGAGAAGGCUGCUUCCAUAUAGAGGGGCGUGAUUUGCGUAUCGUUCAAAUAUAGCAUAACUACAUUUUCAGACAGUUGCUCCCUGUAGGCAUUUACAGUGUUGGGCUCAGCUUUUUCCCUGUACGGGUGACUCCUGCUGGUUGGUUAGGGUGCAUGCACCAUAGUGAGAAGUGAAACUGGGGAAUCUUGAUCACCACAUGUUACAUCCCCAGAGCUGGCAGGCUAAAAGAAACAGCUGGAGUCACUAUGUGUCACAGAGAUGUAGCAACGGAACAUAUGUACCUAUGGGCACAAAAUCCACAAUAAAGUUUUGAAAUUAAUGUGGUAUGCUGGCCAAACACAUUAAGGAGAUGCUUUUUCAAAAUGAAAGUGUAGCAUCAAAUCGAGUACAUCACGUAUGUCAACAUCUACCUCCUCCAACCAAUAAGCCCUUGCAUUGUUAAGAACAUGACCUGUCAGUUGAGACUUUGUCUUCAAACAUGCAUUUUUUGGCAUUACUGUUUUUUUGUUGUUUUUUUGUGGAAUGGCAUUGUUGUCACCUGGCCUAUUAAACCAGGCUGAAAACACUGCUGUUGAAAUGCUUGGAGUGAGCAUGCCCAAAGGGCUACAUUUACUCCUUCAGUAAUAACUUUGCUAACAUUCUGCCAGAUGUCCAGAACUCUUGCAUAAAACCUAAGAUAGUAAUUGUUAUGGAAAUAAGAAAUAUCACUCAGACAAAAUUGUCAUAUCUCAGAUUCUCCUUAUAGACUUUCAGCAAACCAUGUCUUUGUUUAUCUCAUCUCCUCGAGUGAAGGGGAACGCAUUUCUAAAUGCCAGUGUUAAUACUAUAAACAAUAGGAUCAUGUUCAGACAUGAGAGAAUUUGUUGUGAUUUCUAUAUGAAUGAUGGAUAUGUUUGUUUGGGUGUUUGGGGCAUCUGAAACGUGAUGGAUCAUCACCCUGUGAGGACCAACUCUGAUAGGAUGCCAUUGAAAGUGAAGAUUGAAGUUUGACAAAAAUCAAAACACAAAAAAAAUGCUUAUGUGGUUUUAAUCCUUUUUUAAUACUCUUUUCAAUUGUAUAUGUAGAUGUUUAACUGUCAUGGAGUAAAGAUGUACAAAUCUGCUGUAGUCCGUGUGAACAAAUUGUUAGAAGACGAACACAAAAAAUGCGUACAUUUACAAUGCAAAGGUUCCAAGAAAACUGCCUGAUUUUAAGCUCUAGACGAAUUUGAUUAACUUUCAAUAUGUGAAAUCAACUUUCUUUUGUCCUUUAUGAAUAAAGUGUUUUUUAUCACUUCAGAAAAUCUUA